AUGACACUGUCUCAGACUCGGGCUUGGGCAGCUAUCGCGACGCUGCUGCUGCCCCGGGGGAUGCCCGCCAUCGUCUGCCCGCCAUGGCAGCAGCGAUGUCGCGCGAUGCGGCGAAGAACUGGCCGUCUUGUGAUGCGGCGGCUGCCGAUGCCAAAGGAUGAGGGUCGAAUGUUGCUUUCAGCGCAGGCAGCUGAGGACGAGCGAGGCCGGCGAUGUGGAGGCGAUGCAGUCAUCUGUCAUCCCCCUGUCACCAGCCACAGGUCCCUCGAGCCAGGCACGAAACGGAAAGUCUUCAUCAGCGCCCAAUGCCCGACGAUAGUGGCCGUAUUGGCGGAUGAGACGGUGGGCUCGGGCCUGUCCAUUCGCUGGUGGGGCCUCGAGAUGCAGCGGGCGCUAGGGAUCGCACCGCAUCGGCCUGCGCUCUCGAGCAAAGACUCACCGUUCGCAGAGUUGCCUGGAGCGCCGGCCGAAACCGGGCGACUCGACGUGAGGAUCCAACCACCAUAUCGCAGCACGCCCACGGCCCAUGGCCAGACACAAGCCUCUGUCAUCAGCGCCCUCUCUGUCGAAGCGCGAGGAACCUUCUUCCUGCUCGCGCCGGCCCGUAUCCGCGUGCCCAAUGGCUGA